CCCGCUUCGCGAACAAAAACCACGAACGACCAUAUGUAAGCACGAUUCCCUCGUCCCUUCCGAACUCCCUCGCUCCCUCUUCUCCUCUUCUCGACGAUGCCGUGAUCCCUGCUUCUCGCAUCGUCAUGGCGGCGGCGGCGGCGGCGUCGCUGAGAGCCGGCAAUGGCGCGCUCUCUCGCCUCAAGGCGCUGCUCCACCUUCCGGUAUCUCUGAGAUUGAACCGCACGCUCGCCGGAGGGGAGCUGCAAGCUCAGGAGGAGCAAGCGGAGGCGAGCUCCGACGGCGCUGCUCAUCUGGUUGAGAUCGAUAUGUCGAAGUGGAAGACGUAUGAUGCGAGGUCCUGUGGAGUGACUGGUCAUUCGAUCCCGAAGUCUCCUUGGACCGUCUUGGCUUUGCUUCGCGAUGCAGGAUUUAAUGCUUAUCUAGUCGGCGGAUGUGUCAGAGACCUAAUUUUAAAAAGAGUUCCGAAAGAUUUUGAUGUCAUUACCACCGCUAGUUUACAGCAGGUGAAGGAAAAAUUUCAUCGUUGUGAUAUUGUUGGAAAGCGAUUCCCAAUAUGUAGGGUCCGGAUUAAAGGUUCUGUGGUAGAGGUGUCCAGCUUUAAGACAAUUGCAAAGAGGACAGAAGGAAAAGAGAAGGUUGCCUUUUCUUGCAAGCCAAGUGGCUGCAAUAAAAGGGACUUCAUCCUCUGGAGGGACUCGAUGCAUAGGGACUUCACAAUAAACAGUUUGUUCUUUGAUCUAUCAGAGAACAAAAUUUAUGAUUACACCAAUGCAAUGGAAGAUGUGAGAUCUUUGAAGCUUAGGACUAUAAUCCCUGCCCAGUUGUCUUUUGAAGAGGACUGUGCAAGAAUCCUGCGUGGAGUGAGAAUUGCAGCUCGUCUGGGUUUGGCAUUGUCAAGGGAUAUUGAAAUUGCAAUUGGUAGCCUCUCAUCAUCCAUUGCAGGUUUAAACAAGCACAGGCUAAUGUUGGAGAUAAAUUCUAUCCUAUCCUAUGGAGCUGCUGAGCCUUCUCUCUGUCUGCUUCAGAGACUUAGGCUACUUGAGAUUAUUCUCCCAUUUCAUGCAGCGUAUCUUGAUCAGCAGAAUAGGGGGCACUCUGCCCAAAGCUCCUUGAUGUUGAUGAGAUUAUUCUUCAAUAUGGACAAAUUGGUUUCAUGCAACCAGCCUUCAGACUGCACUUUGUGGAUUGGACUAUUGGCAUUCCACUUGGCAUUAGUGAAUAACCCUCAAGAUGCUUCAGUAAUUUGGGCUUUUGCAUCAACUCUCCAUCAUGGAAAAUGGAAAGGAGCUUCCCAAUUUGCAAAUAAACAUGCUAAACUACGAGUUAAUUUUGUACCUGAGAUCUCAGGGUCAUCUACUUAUAAGUCAGCACUUGCAGAACGCGUUAGCAAUUUAGCAUCUUUGGUGCAGGAAUCUGUCUCUAUCUUAAGUGAUAUGAACAGACUAAUUGAAUCGAUGACCAGAUAUCCACAUUCCUCUUGUUCUGGUUUGGUGCUCAUCCAAGAGCAGGUGGCGAAUAAUGUUAGAGAAAUUUUUCAAGUGCUGGUUAAUGAUGUUGAAUUUUACAAUGAUGGAAGAGAGUGUUUUGAAAUUAACUAUGAGUUACUUGGUAAGGGUUUUCUUCGUGAAACAAGACAUGUUCUUGGCACAAUCAUUUUGAAUACUAUGAGUGGUGGAGUAGUGCAACAAGAGGAGGCUGUUGAGGAUAAGAAGCUUUUGGAUGCUGUUGGGGAUCAACAAGAAAUUGUUAUCAGCAAGCAGUCGAGGCAUGCUUCUCUAAGCCAUUUGAUAGCUCAAGAGGUAUUCAAGGAUGAUAAUAAGAGCAGUCAACCAGUGUCAAGUUCUGAUUCACUCGAAGGAAGUGUUGAUGAACAACAGAAGUUUAAUGGGGGGGAGGUGCAUUUCUAUUGAGCAAAAGGUUGUUGCGAAGAAAAGAAGGGGUGGCUUGGCAUACAAAUCUGUAGAGGUUGAGGAAUGUCAAGAGUUUGUCAAGGCAUUUCAAUCUUCACGCAGAGAAGCAAAUGUAGUGAAGGGGGAAAGGUUGAGGAUUAAUGAAACUCUUGCGGAGAUGAAGGGUGGAACUAAAGAGCGAGUGAAGGCAGUAAAGCAGCAUUCUUCAAAAAAUUCAGCAUCUAAGAACCAGCUGGACAUAACUGAGAAGCAUGAAUCAACUUCCAAAGACGUAAGAAAGCAGGAAAAUGUGUUGAUCGUUGAAAGAGGUUUAAAGGAGGCAAAGCGGAGAAAGAGAGAAGUAUUAGUUGAGGAGGAAAGUAGUAGGCCCCUGCUAUCUGAUAUUUUCAGAUGAGAACAAUUUCAAUGGAAAUUAUAAGGAAAAACAGGCUUCUGCUUUGUGAUGUCUUCAGAUGAGAAAUUUUGUAGUUGUAGAUUACUCACGGGAACAGGAUAACUCAUAAGGGAUAACCGACUGGUGUAUAUCAGCAUAUUGUCGGGACUGGUGGCCCUGAGUUUAUAUUAACUUCAACAGCAUCCUAGUUUUUCUGACACUUCCAGUUCCAACUUUGGUAUUUGUUACAUCAACUGCGAAGCAGAUAGAGUAUGCAAAUUUAGGAUGCUUUAGCGUGAUAUUUAUUACCCUGUGGUGUUUCUUUAAAGGGCUAGUCUUGACACAGUUCUUUGCUGCUGGUGGUUUCUGAUCAUCGUUCUGAAAGAGGCAUUGUAGAAAUAUACAGCCUGUUCGUUAAUUCCAAACACGGUCUGCUUCAAGUUGCUGAAA